CGCGAGCUGUGGGCGGGGCCAAGCUGGGGUUCCCGGGGAUUCCCGGGGCGGAGUCUCCGCUGACCCCGCCCCCGCCCCGCGCGCCUUCGGCUUUCCGGGAAACGGCGGCGGCUACCGGGAAAGGAGCGGGGGGACUGGGGGGACUGGGGCGGGCUGGGGCACCGGGAUACACCGGGACACGUCGGGAUACGCCGGAACCACGACCGGGACCUGCCGGGAGCAGAACGGGGACCACCAGGGACCCUCUGGGACCCACCGGGAGCAGAACCGGGACCCACCGGGAGACACAGGGACCAGAACCGGGAGCCACCGGGAGCAGAACCAGGACCCACCGGGACCCACGGGGACUCACCGGGAUUCACCGGGACCCACUGAAAGCAGAAUCAGGACCCACUGGGACCAGACCGGGACCCCUCCGCGCCCCCCGCCCCCCGAUGUUGUCCCCCACCAUCCGCCGGCUCCUGGCCCUGCUGCGCCCCGAGUGCGGGCAGUGGGCGCUGGUGGGGGUGCUGAUGCUGGCCUCGGCCCUCGGCGAGGUGGCAGGCCCGUACUUCACGGGCCACAUCACUGACCAGGUGACACAGGAGGACACGGCGGCGACCAUGUGGCUCUUGGUGGUGCUGGGGCUCGGCAGUGCCCUCACCGAGCUGGUCUGUGACAGCACGGCGGCCGUGGCGCUGACGCGGGCGCGGGCGCGGCUCCAGCGUGGUGCGGUGGCCGCGGUGCUGCGGGGGGACGUGCCCGGCCCGGGGGGCAGCCUGGGGGACACGCCGGGUGCGGUGGCCGCGCGGGUGACGGGGGACGCGGAGGCGGCGCACGCAGCACUGGCCGAGGCAGUGGUCCCAGCGCUGUGGGCGCUGGCCCGGGCCGGGGCCCUGCUCACCGUGAUGGCCUCGCUGGCCCCGCUGCUGGCCCUGGUCACCCUCCUGGUGCUGCCCCUCCUCCUGCUGCUACCACGUGCCAUCGCAGGCAUCCAGCAGGACCUGGCGCGGCGGGCGCGGGCGGCGCUGGCUGAUGCCACCGCGGUGGCCGUGGAGUCACUGGGGGCCCUGAGGACCGUCCGGGCCUUCGGAUAUGAGGCCGGAGUGACCACACGUGUCCAGCAGCGCCUCAGCCACAGCCACCAGCUGGAGUGUGGGGAGGCCCUGGCCUAUGGGGCCGGGCGCUGGGCCAGCGGGUUCCCGACGCUGGUCAUGAAGCUGGGGCUGCUCCUUGGAGGGGGACACUUGGUGGCUGCGGGGACCAUCACCCCUGGGGAGCUGGUCACCAUCCUCAUGUGCCACCUGAACUUCACCCGGGCUGUGGAUGCCCUGCUCUUGUACCUCCCAGUCCUGGCCAAGGCUGUCGGCUCCUCCGAGAUGCUCCUGGAGCUGCUGGACAAGGCCAAGUGGGGGGCACCUGUGGAGACACUGUCACCUGUCACCCCCCGGGGCCAUGAGGCCUCCAGGAUUCCAGGCCUGUGUCUCAAGGACGUCUACGUAACCUACCCUGGGCGGUCCGAGCCCGUCCUCAAGGUGACAGGGGGGCAUGGGGGACAUGGGGGGACAGGAGGGGACACAGAGAUAUUGGGGAAAUGGGGUCCAUGGGUCAUAGAGAGGAG